AUGAGCUCGUCGAGCACCGUGAGAGCAUCCCGCCAGGCAGCCGCUUUGCGGCGCAUUGCCAAGGACCUGCGAGAGUUGGAGGCCGAGCCUCUGCAGCUGGUCUCUGCCAGACCGGUGGAUCUGAACGAUCCCUUCUGCUGGCAUGUGAACCUUCGACCAGCGGACGGCCCGCUUGAGGGGUGCAUCUUCCACCUGGUGAUGCACUUGCCAAGGGACUAUCCCUUCAGCCCUCCGAGUAUCCGAUUCCCCACGGAGCAUUUUCCGUCCUUUCGACAUCCGAACCUCUUUGGGAGCAUGAUCUGCCUCGACAUCUUGCAGUCUUUCAUCGGCUGCCACGAUGCGCACAGCGGUUGGAGCACAGCUUACACGGUCCAGACUGUGCUGCUGCAGCUGGCAUCCUUCCUCUUCGAGACGGACCACGUGCCGCAGGACCACGGUGGCCCCAAGAAGUCCCAAAUGACCCCGAAGCUGGCAGCGAAGCUUCGGGCCGAGUGCGAGAGGUUCCGGUGCCCCUGCGGACAUUGCUUCUCGGCUCCGCUGCCCGAGAUGAUCCCCCAGCCCCAGAUCCCUCCCAACCCUGCUCCCAGCCUUCCCUGCGUGCCCUCUCCCCCUCCCACAACGUCUCCCCAGAUCCCCCAGCAAAAAGAGGGCGACCAGGGAGCUCGGGAACUGCCGCGUCCUUGCUGCGGGGACCUGGUGCAGGGCCGCGUGGUGCAAGAGGGCCCCCAAGGCUUCGUCCUGGAGCUGCCCUUCCAACAACGUCAGGGUUGGCUGGCCCGCGAUCGCCGCUGCGCCCUAGCACUGCAGCAGGAAGUCUCCGCCGUCGUGACCUGGGUCCAGCCGCAGUGGCUUUACCUGCAGCUGGUCCCUCGUCGCUCCCAGCAGCAGCUGCAAGAGCUCCAGGAGCUUCGAAGGGAAGUGCCCGGGCUCAUUCUCUCCGUGAAAAGCUACGGCCUCUUCGUGGAUAUCGGCGCCAGGGCUCCUGGCCUCGUCCACGUCUCGGAGCUGGACGGAGAGCUCGGAAGCUUCGAGGCCAAGACGCCCCUGUUGGUACGAAUCCUGGAGCUCAAUUCUCCCAAAGGCCUCCGGCUCACGGCCCGGGGGGGCCCCUUCAAAGCCUCCUCUUCCGCUUUCCGCGAGUGCCGGCUGCACUUGCUGCAGCCUGCCUUGGGCGUGGACUUCCCGGGCCCCGCGGCCGAGGCCUUCCUCCAGUUCUUGCCCCUGGAGGCUUUGAGGUCCCUUUCUCGUUCUGGGCGAGCGUGGAGGGGACCGGCGGAGGAGGCCGCCUCAUCCUUCCUUCGCACGGAGCUGCGCUGCUUCCAUACGAAGGCCUCUUUCGAGGAGGGGAUUCUGGGCUUGGGCGUGGCCAUCACCGAGGAGGAGAGCACGGGAAAGCGCCAUCUAACUUGCGACUUCGAUCCGCUCUCCGAGGAGGCGUUCUUUAAGCUGCAGGUGGGCCAGGGAGUCUGGAAGCAGAAGAUCAGCUGCUCAGUUCUUGUUAAGCAGUUGCACUGCGGUUACCAGAAUAGGAAUGUUGUAUAG